CACUCGGUACAUGUCUAUUUCAUCUAGUGUUCAUAAAAUUAGGUUGAUGAAAGUUUUCAAAAUGAAUUAUUAGUUUCGUUAAAUUUUUUCGGCAACCGUUCGUGAAGUACGCACUUCCCGGAUAAUUUUUCUUGAAGGAAGUAACAUUUUUCCGGCCUAGUCCAGGAAGAAUCACGUCGUUGAUGUCAUUGUAAAUAUGAAAAUCUUGGUAGGUAUGGUUUUGAUAAAUGCAGUUGAUUAUUACCAUUGCACCGGAAUAACGACUGACAGCUACUUGACAUGAAAUUAGUUGACAUUUUGAUUUUUCAAAGUUUGCAUGUUUUUUUUGCAAUUAUUGCAAUAAACCAUAGAAAGCAGCAGCGCUAAGAAUGUGAUUUAGGCUUAUUUGGCGAAAAAAUCUGAAACUGUCAAAUCCUCUUUCUUGGGAAGCAUAUAUACUCUAUGUUGAAAAAUACCAUUUUAGUGAAGAAAAAUGUAUACAUAUCCAUUCUCUCGAAGAUUAUCGCAUUUCUUAAAAUGAGGAAUGUUAUAGAGGUUAUAGAGGAAAGAAAUCAGAAGUCUUCAACAGCGAGCAGAUCAACAAACUCAUUAAGGAAGCAAAUAAUGAAAGAUAUCUAAUGCUAAGAUUCAAGAAAAUGAAGCUUAACAAAAUUCAGUUCCGUAUUUUGGUUUUAUUAUUUCAAAUCAAUAUUGUAUACUUGGCAGGAUCUGAUAAAGAUUUUCGUAUAUCUCUCCACGAAGAGGUCCUUAAGAACUUGUCCAUUACCGCUGAUGAUAUCAAUAGUUCGAUUGAUUUCGCUUACAAAGUAACACAUCAUGUGCAAAGACUGGAAAAUAAUAUUCAGUGGAAAGUGGAUAUGGAGAAAGGAUCACCUAAUCACGGAAUAUCUAUUUUGUAUCGACCAGACGAAGAAGCAGUAGAAAGGGGUAGAAAAGCACUUAUAGCUUCAAAAGCCACAACGCAACUGAGUGGCAAACUUUGCGCAGA